UUGGAUCACUGAUUCUGUAUUUGGCAGCAUUCAGUUGAUUACUAUACCACACGCUGCCGUCAUCUGCAGUCACCAUCUACGGAAGUGCGUGAAAUCAGCUAAUAACUGCUUAGUUCUAGUGAGUGAAGUGCUGGAGGAAAGCGUUUUGAUUGUAUCAUUCAUUUAAAGUCUGUCUAGUCAAAUGCAAUAAGCGUGGUCUGUUGGCAAAAUUUUGCCGGAACUAAUGUGACACUACUGAACUGAACAGUAUCGUUGUAAGAUGUCGAAUAGAAUAGUUUUUGUGCAACUUUCGUUAGUGUUACUGAUUGGUGGUUUAUCACACCGAUGCCUUGCAGAAGAAAAGGAACCGUUGGUGUUCACAGUGGCUAGCAAUGAGACCGAAGGAUAUUUGCGCUACAUUCGAUCAGCACGGCAUUAUGGAAUUGAGGUAACAACCCUCGGUCUCGGAGCACCAUGGCAAGGAGGUGACAUGAAACGGCUCGGUGGCGGCUACAAAAUCAAUCUCCUUCGAGAUGCACUAAGGCCGUACAAAAUGGAUGAAGAUCGAAUUGUACUGUUCACCGACAGCUACGAUGUACUGUUCCUGGCGCCCUUGGUGAAGAUCAUAGAAAAGUUCAAAUCAUUCGACGCAUCCGUGUUGUUCGGUUCCGAAGGGUACUGCUGGCCGGACGAAGAACUGAAAAGCAAAUAUCCCAAGCUUGAAGGUCGAGGCAUGCGGUUUCUCAAUUCGGGAAUGUUUAUCGGUUAUGCUUCACAAGUGUACAGGAUGUUGAAAACCCCGGUCAAAAACACGGAUGAUGAUCAGCUGUACUAUACCAAAGUCUACCUGCAUGAGCCACUCCGGGAAGAUCUCAACAUUAAGCUAGAUCACACAGCGGAGCUGUUUCAAAAUUUGAACGGCGCCGAAGAGCAAAUUAUUCUAGCCCUGGAUCCGGAAACCAAAGCAGCUCAUCUCAAGAACAAUGAAUACUCGACGACACCGUUGGUCAUACAUGGCAAUGGGCCAAGCAAGCUGACUCUGAACGGAUAUGCGAACUAUUUGGCCGGAGCAUUCGUCGAAGGGGAGUGCAAAAUCAUCCACGAAAAUCUUCUGGAAUUAGACGAAAAGAAUCUUCCAACCGUGAUGCUAGCGCUGUUCAUUGAAAAAGCUACUCCAUUUCUCGCGGAGUGGUUUGAGAAAAUAGCGAAAAUCGAUUAUCCCAUGUCAAAAAUGCAUCUUUUUAUUCACAACAAUGUCGACUACCACAAGUCGACGAUCGAUCAUUUCGUAUCACAGUACGCAAAAGAGUAUCAAUCCUUCCGCAUGGUGGAUUAUAGCGAGGAUUUUGAAGAACUGGCUGGACGUUCGCUUGCUGUCGAUCAGUGCCGCAAGAAGAACUGCGACUAUCUGUUUGUGGUCGACUCCGAUGGUCACGUCGAUAUGCCGGAAACGCUACGAGCGCUCAUGACUCUGAACAAGAACGUGGUCAGCCCGAUGCUCAAUCGUCCGGAAAAGGUAUGGAGCAACUUCUGGGGAGCUUUGAGCAACCAAGGGUUCUACGCUCGAUCCAGCGACUACAUGGAUAUUGUCAGCAGAAAAAUUCUCGGAAUAUGGAACGUUCCCUACAUAUCUACGGUGUAUCUUUUGAAACGGGCGGUGCUGCCCUUUAUUAGUUACGAACUGAACAACACAGAUCCAGAUAUGGCACUGUGCUGGCACUUGCGCAGCAAGAGCAUCUUUAUGCACGUAGUCAAUAUGAAAAAUUUCGGUCAUCUAAUCGAUACCGAUUACUAUGAUACGACCCGUGUGCAUCCGGAUUUUUACCAAUUGUUCAAUAACAAAUGGGAUUGGGAAACGAAGUACAUAUCGAGUAACUAUUACAAACAGCUAGAGAAGGACUUUGUGCCAAAGCAACCGUGCCCGGAUGUGUAUUGGUUCGAGAUAGGCUCAGAAGCGUUCUGCGAUCACCUGAAGGAAAUCGUAGAGGGCUACGGUCAGUGGUCGGAUGGUACCAAUACCGACAAGCGACUGCAGGGAGGAUACGAAGCCGUCCCUACCAGGGACAUUCACAUGAACCAGGUUGGACUGGAUGGCGUGUGGUUGAAGUUUCUGCAGUUGUUCGUUAGACCGCUGCAGGAGAAAGUUUUUGUUGGUUACUUUCAUGAUCCUCCGCGAUCGUUGAUGAAUUUUGUCGUCCGGUACAAACCGGACGAGCAGCCUUCUCUGCGACCGCACCACGACUCAUCGACUUAUACCAUUAACGUUGCUUUGAACCGGGCAGGAACCGAUUAUGAAGGUGGUGGUUGCCGAUUUUUAAGGUACAACUGCUCGGUUACGGAUACUCGCAAGGGAUGGAUGCUGAUGCAUCCUGGCCGACUGACGCACUUCCAUGAAGGGCUACUAACAACCAAAGGCAUUCGCUACAUCAUGAUUUCUUUUGUGGAUCCGUAGAAAAUGGUCUUUUUUGUAACUCAAUACUCGGAAACGCCUAAAUAACUAUCAAGAGAGUUGUUGUUCAAUCAAUUUAUUUGAUUAGUGACGGGAAUCUCGUAUACUUAAAAGAUAUGUUCACUAAACACAGUGAUUAUAAUUUUGUGCUCGUUUGCAAUGUGCCAUUUUUGUUCGAAAUGACGAAUAUACCUAAACAUUAUUUUGCUUGCCAGAGAUAGUAUAGGAACGUAACACUCAAACAGU